CAGUGUUUUGCCAGGAUUAUAUUGUCUGCAGAGAGACUUUCCUUGCAACAGGGGUAGUCCACGUUGUAAGUCACUUUGCAUUGUAGUAGUUUCUGUCUUUAUUUGGCUUCUUGCACAAUUUCGUUUUGCCACUACAUUUUACCAAAUUUCUUGGCAAAUUCAUAUAUUUGGUUGGGCAAUGCUAAACGUAGAGUAAUGAGGGCUGCUUUGAAGAAAUUGAUAGGGUGAAUGGGAGGUUUUUGCCCAUGCAUCCCUUUAGAUUUAGUUUUUAAAAGUAUUGGAGUUUGUCCCUCUCCUUCUUGUAGUUGCCCUCCACUUCCUCACUACAUAAAUUCUGGCUUUACCCCUCUUGGCUACAUGCAUAUUCAUUCAACCAAUACAUUUUAUGGAUUUCAAAAUUAACUUCUUGUGGGAUACUAAAUUGAAAAGUGCCAAUACUUUCCCUAUAGUUAAAGUUGAAGGGGAAACAUAAUCAAGAGGUUUAGGCAAAUACCUACAUAAGUAAAAUUAAAAAGAAUUUUUAUUUGUAUGCACCAAAUCUAGUACUUGCCAUCUCGAGCGUUGUUAAAAUGAAAUGAAGCCUUGUUUUCAGAGAGAGAGAGAGAAGUGUCUGCUAUUUUUCUGUUAUUCUUUGAGAUUGUUAGAUGUUCAUCACCUGAGUAGCUUCGAGAUCUUCCUUCAUGUCCAGCAUCUUAAUGGAAAGCUUGUGGUUUCCUUAUUGAAAAGUAUUAGUUGAAAACUCAACUAUUAAACUUCAUAGUCAUAUCUUCAAUACAUAUGAUGAUAAAUGACUGCUGGUUUUAUAUUUAUGUUCAAAGAUGCCAACUUUGCAAUUAAAUGUGGUGGUCCGGCGAGGAGAUCUGCUGAGGGAAUAUUGUACGAGGCUGAAAAUUCUACUUCCCUUGGCCCGGCAUCGUAUUUUAUGGUUAGUACAGAAAAAUGGGCAGUCAGCAAUGUGGGGAUUUUUUCCGACAGAAGUAAUCCAAUAUAUACCGAGAACACCUUGGCACAAAUUAGGAGCACCAGCACUCCAGAGCUUUUCCAGACUUCAAGGAUGUCUCCGGCUUCACUUAGAUACUAUGGCUUAGGACUAGAGAAUGGAAAUUACACUGUAAGUCUGCUAUUUGCGGAGACUAUAUUUAGUGAUAGAAGCACACGUACAUGGAAGAGUCUUGGGAGGCGUGUUUUUGAUAUUUACAUUCAGGGGACUCUCCAACUGAAGGACUUUGAUAUAUCAAAGGAGGCAGGCGGGGUUGAAAUAGCAGUCCAGAAGAAUUUCAAUGCUACUGUAACCCAGAAUUAUCUUGAAAUUCAUCUAUUUUGGGCUGGGAAGGGUACAUGCUGCAUUCCUGUGCAAGGCGAUUAUGGACCAUUGAUUUCAGCCCUCAGUGUUGCUUCAAAUUUUACACCUUCUGUUAGUGGACUACCUCCAACAACUCAAUCAAGGAAAAACAGGACUGGGUUGAUUGUUGGUGUUGCAGUUCCUGUUGGAGUUAUCAGCAUAAUAUUGUUACUUUCUAUUUUAUACUGGAAAAAGAAAGGGUCACAUGUUGAGGAUGAGGAAGACCUUCUUGGAAUUGGCCCUCGACCAAACACUUACACUUAUGCUGAGUUGAGAACUGCAACAGGAGAUUUCAGUCCUUCAAACAAGUUGGGAGAGGGUGGAUUCGGACCUGUUUAUAAGGGAACAUUAAAUGAUGGGAGGAUAGUGGCCGUGAAGCAACUUUCAGUAGGAUCACAUCAAGGGAAAAGUCAGUUUAUAGCUGAAAUUGCUACCAUUUCUGCUGUGCAACAUAGAAACCUUGUUAAGCUGUAUGGAUGCUGCAUUGAAGGAAGUAGAAGGCUUUUGGUUUAUGAAUAUCUCGAGCACAAGAGCCUUGACCAGGCACUUUUUGGGAAUGAUAAUUUGCAUCUUGACUGGCCAACACGCUUCAGUAUAUGCUUAGGAACAGCAAGAGGACUAGCUUAUCUCCAUGAAGAAUCAAGGCCUAGAAUUGUACACCGAGAUGUCAAAGCUAGCAAUAUUCUGCUUGAUGCUGACCUCUCCCCCAAAAUAUCAGAUUUUGGAUUGGCCAAACUGUAUGAUGACAAGAAAACCCAUAUCAGUACCCGCAUUGCUGGGACUAUUGGCUAUCUAGCACCAGAGUAUGCUAUGCGAGGGCAUCUGACGGAAAAGGCAGAUGUGUUUGGAUUUGGGGUUGUUUGUCUAGAGAUCCUCAGUGGGAGAUCCAACUCUGAUGAUAGCUUGGACAGCGAAAGAAAAUAUCUUCUUGAAUGGUCUUGGAAUCUACAUGAAAACAACCAAAGUCUGGAUCUUGUGGAUUCAACUCUGGAAGUGUUUGACGAAAAUGAAGCCAUGCGGUUGAUAGGAGUGGCCCUUUUGUGUACUCAAGCAUCACCAAUGAUCAGGCCACCCAUGUCCCGUGUCAUUGCCAUGCUUGCUGGAGACAUUGAAGUGAGCACCACUACAACAAAGCCAAGUUAUUUGACAGAUUGGGAUUUCAAAGAUAUAACUGAUAGCUUUUUGGAUGGAGGAACUCCAUCAUCAGCUCCAUCCAAGAGUAGUAGCCUCCUACUAGACAAUAAAGUCAAUAAUCCAUCCGAUACGAACACUAAUGCAGUGCCCUCUCCAAUUAAUUUGACUGAGACAAUGCUCCAUGAAAUCAUUGGUGAAGGAAGGUGAGGCAUGCUUAUCACUACAACAGUUUCGUGUAUUUGUCAAUGCUUCAUCCACCUGUAUGCAUAAAGAUGGUACAACUUGAACCUUCAAGUUUUCUCGUGUACAUGUAAUAACCAAUAUUUGUUUUACUGUCUUCUUAUUCUUCAUGCAAUUUUGCUACUGUACACAUUUGUGUAAAUGUUUGAGUCAUCUAUACACAUUUAUGUAAUUAGCAAUUUCGCUACUCUACUCUAUACGUUUGCUUUGUUUGUGGGCUCACGAUUUUAAAACAUGUUUUAGCUGUUGUAGAAAG